AUGGCCACCGAACAGUUGAGCCAGAAUGGUGGUGUGAGGGACGUGAUCCCAGAGGAUGGCAGUGACAGGGGAAGAAACUAUGGCGAUGCGGGGAAGUUGGCUGGAGCCCGGGGCAGGACAGAGUGGAGAAGACUAAACCUGCCUAAAAGGAGUAGGAGUUUAGACUGGAGAGGAGGGGAGGCUAGCCCUGGCGAGUGGCGCAGAACUGGGGUGCUGAGGUUUUCUGGGAACCUAGGGGGGUCCACACUUAAACGAGCAGAGAGUUUGGAGAGUAGGGGGGCAGGAGAGAGCAAAGUGUUGUCCAGGGUUAAGGCCUUUAACUCAGCUGGACCAGGGGAGAUGAUGAGCCCCGUUGGGGGGGUCAGGGUGUUCCCCUGGUGAAGGGGUGUCCCCUGUGGGUCUAGGGUGUGUGGUUCUGGCUUUGGAGAGGGCCAGUGGGGGCCAGUCCCUCCCCACCAGGCUGAGGUCUAGUCCUGGUCCUGGGUCUGGAAUCAGAGAACCAGCCAGUGGAUCUGUUGGAUCCUCCAGGGGUCAGAGUAUCUGGGACCGUAUACAGAAGCUCUAUGGGACUACUGGACCUGAUGAAGCUGCUAACAGAGAUAAGGGUGUGAAGGACUCAAACAGAACCAAGCGUCUCUCAGCACCGGUAGGAGACUGGUCUCUGUUGGAGGGGGAUUGGAGAGAUACAGCAACCAAUCGCAGGAAGUCUACCACAGACUCUGCCUUUGUCUCUGCCUCCCCUUCCCCUCCCCGCUUUCCUCCCCCCUCAGUGGAUUAUCCAGGGGGGAGAGGAACGGCCUGCUCACACACACACCCCUGGUUGAACAGAACACCACACACACAACACACACACCCCUGGUUGAACAUAAUACCACACUCACCACACACACACGGCAGAGAGAUCAGAGUAGUGUAGUCAAGGUGUCUGGUUUGAGUCCCUCAGUGUCUCCAGUGUCAGGGUGGACCAACCCCAUACCCUCACACACACCCUCACACACACCCUUAGUGGAGGGAUCAUCAGUGUUCAUGAGGGACCCCUCUCUAUCCCCUCCAUUAGGAGGAAAAAAGGAGAGAGGAAAUAAGGGGGUGACAAACACUGUGGACGAAAAUAGUGGAAGUCGUGAAGACAGUGAAAAGGAGAGAGUAAGGAUGGGGAACACGGCUCAGGAAAAGGAGAAACUGACUGAUGUUGAAGGAAAAAGACACAAGAAAAAAGAGGCGGAGAAGCAAGGGAGAGAAAACGCUGAAGUCUCUCUCCCCCAGCACAGCCAAUCAGUGACAUGCACCAGGGAUUCUCAGCCUAUCACAACGCCCGGAGUAGGGGUCACCACGGGGUCAAACUCCCGCCUGACCAAUCAGCUUAAUGGGAAAACGGACACAUAUGACAGGAGCAAGACCCCUGCUAGAGGCAUGGCCAGGGAAGGGAGCCUGUCAGAAGAUGUGUUUGAAGCCAACACCCCAGAGAGGAUACAUUUACAGAACACUGAAAAUACCAAGUUACCUGGGAAACUGGUAGCGCCCUCUGCAGCCAGUGUGAGGAAUAAGAUCCACCAGUUUGAAGCUCUGACACAGACAUCUCAGGUCCCAGUGCCCAACUACCUGAAGCCCAGACGGGCUUUCUCUGUCCCGGAGCAGCUCAGUGAGGCUAGAGAGGCGGUCAGGAAGAGUGGGUCGGAUAGACAGGUAGGGGGGGUGAGGGGAGUAUGGGAGAGAGUGAGAGGAGGAGGAGAGGGAGGGAUUGUAAUAAUGGACGGGGUGAGAGGACAAGGAGAAGGGGUAAGGAAGAGUGUGCCAGAUAAAGCGCUUGGUGGAGGGAGAGGAGGGGAGGUAGUGAGAGAAGAGGGGGAAGAGAGGAAGGCAGAUAGAGGGUGGGCGUUGAGGUCUAUGUCAGUGGAUGAGGUGGGGGUGAGGCUGGGGAGCAGGGAGAGAGGGGGAGUGGGGGAGAGAGGAGGAGUGGGUUAUAGAGGGGGUGUGGGGGAGAAAGGAGGAGUGGGUUAUAGAGGGGGAGUAGGGGAGAGAGGGGGAGUGGAGGAGAGAGGGGGAGUAGGGGAGAGAAAGGGAAUGGGGGAGAUAGGAGGAGUGGGCUAUAGAGGGGGAGUAGGGGAGAGAGGGGGAGUAGGGGAGAGAGGGGGAGUGGGGGAGAGAGGGGGAGUGGAGGAGAAUGCUGUUGGCUCUGGGACAUUUUCCAACCUCAAGGGUAAACUAGACAUCCCUCUGAAUGACAAAACCACCAGAGACACUCUGAGAGACUUUUCAAUUGAUGAGCCAGACCUCCCCAAACACACAGUCACACCCCAGGACUGGAGUAGGAGAGGCACCAACACAAAGACUACUACAGUCACUGCCAAGGAUACUUCAUCCUCCCAGCUGUCUAACUGUAAUAACAACUCCAAUGAGGUUCUAGGGGCCCCUGACCAGUCUAGGAGGCUUCACAGUAGAGACUCACCUAACCUGCCAUCUCCAGUGAGCGAUGACGACAAGACACCCACCAACACCCCCCAGAACUCCCCCUUCCACCCCCAGAACUCCCCCUUCCACCCCCAGAACUCCCCCUUCCACCCCCAGAACUCCCCCUUCCACCCCCAGAACACCUCCCCACACCUCCCAACUACUUCCCUGCAGCCGAAACACCAACAAGGUGUAGAUUCAGGCCUGGCUGCCCUAAAGCACCCUCCAGUCUCUACACACACAGCCCAGGGUAGGGUCACUACUGACCCUGAUAUCCCAGUCUCACAUUCUGGCCUGGGGAGGGAUUCCCUGUCUCUCCCCCUGUCCCUUCCCCUCCUCCCCACUCUGGCUCGAUGGAACUCAGAGGAGGGGGGAUGGAGUGAUGAGGAGGAUACUGAUGAUGAAGGUACGGAGAAGGACGAGGACUCCAACUACGACUCAGACUCUGCUGAAUCCUCGGUGACCAUCACCAGUACCAUGAGCCAAUCACAUCGCAGGAGCUUCUCUCUCAGGUGGGUAACUUUUGUUUUCAACUUAUGAUGAAAAUACUACACUAAACACAACAAGCACAAUGUUUAAAAGUCAAUUAAAUUGUGGUUAUUGUCAGGCUACCUGUUACAUGAUUCUGUAUAAUGUACUUGUUUUUAUCUAAUCAUUCAAAUUUGUGUUUAUUCCUCCACUAUGUCUCUCUCCCUCAGUCUGGCAGAGCUGUGUAACUUCGGAGAGGUGGACUAUGAUCCCCAGUCUUCCUCUGACAGUGAGGAGUGGCUGUCCAGCCGGUCAGCCAGCCUGUCGUCUGACGUGUCGGCCCUAUCCUGUGUGUCUGUCCUGGGCAGUGAUGAGCUGGACCGCCUGCUGGACGACGUAAAGGGCCUGGGGGACACAACCCUGCAGGUACUACAACUAUCUUCACUACACCAGACUAAACAACCAGCUAAAACAUUACAUUAGAGUGUUAUUACAUUAUAAUUAGCAUUAAUAAUAGCAUCAGUAUUUGUCAAUGCUCAACUGCCAUCUUGUGCUGUUGCUGUUCUAUCCCCCUUCGCUAUCUCUCCCCGCUCUAUAGAAUUAUGAGGAUGUCCAGGUGGUGGUUCUCCAUAAGGAAGUUGGUGUGGGACUAGGCUUCACCAUGGCAGGAGGAGUGGACCAGAACAAACCUGUCAUUGUGAGUACUACUCAACCAGUACCAAUGCUUCUGUGUUUCUGUGACCGACUCAGUUCGCCCACAUAAUUCAAGACCACAUUAGCCCACUGAUCUAAAGCCUAGGCAUCAUGGUUUUUCACUUCCUGGUCCAUUCUGACCUCUGACCUCUGGUGUUUGACUUCCAGGUCCAUAAGGUGUUCCCGGCGGGGGUGGCGGCUGAGGAGGGAUCCAUCCAGGAGGGAGACAAGGUCCUGUCAAUCAAUGGCACAGCGCUGUGUGGCUCUUCCCACAGCGAGGUGCUGAGGACACUAAGGAGGGCGCGGACUCAGGGGAUGGGUGUGGUUGUCUUGAGGAGAGGGGGGGUAACAGACCCCUGUAAGGGAGGAACAGUGACAGACAGUCGGGGAGGGACACAGACAGAGCCUACUAACACAGGUGAGAUGGAUCAGUUGGUUGGAGCAUUGUAGUAGCACUUAACUGUUACCACAGUUUAUCUAAAGCAGAGCAACAUUGAUCAAUGUUCCAAAGUCAUUUCCACAGCUUCUCUCUUAUCACCCUGAACCUGUUGUUUUGACAGAGAACGUAGACAAAUGUGUGUGUGGGAGUCAUUUUGACCGUGUGUGUGUGUGUCCUGUGUGUCAGGUCAGAGGGUGUGUGUGAGGCUGGAGAAGCGCAGCAGAGACCUGGGCUUCAGUCUGGAGGGAGGAGUGGGUUCCAGCCUGGGAGACAAACCCCUCACCGUACAGAAACUCUUCCUGGGUGAGAGGUCAACCUACCUACAAAAUAUAAUAGUAUUAAUGAACGUUACUUGGUCAUCUAUUUUAUUCCUUUUAUGUUUCCACCUAUUGAUGAGAUGAUGUAUUCGGUUUUCAUGUUAUAAUCUUGUGUAUAUAUUUAGUUUUCAUGUAUUUUCCAGUGGACCACAACGGAAAUAAGUUAAACCUUUUUGUCAUCCUUGAUGAUUUAAAAAAUGCAAUAAUGCAUUGUGUCCACAUGUGGUUGUAUUGUGUUUUUUUAAAUGGUCAAAUAAAUGACAUCAAAUACAUGUACUGUACAUCACCACAAGCUGACCUUUGUAUUGGGUACAUUCAAAUUAAUGUCUAUUUCGUCAGCCAAAACACGGGUCAAACUCCAAGCUCAGAACAUUGGUUAUGAGCUGUCUGAUAAAGAUAUCAAGGUAAACAUCAACUAACAAUAAGCCCCUCUUCUCUUUCAGGUGGUCCAGUGAACCAGGUGUCUCCAGGGGACGAGGUGUUGGAGAUCGAGGGUGUGAGCUUGGUGGGCCUGAGGAGACUGGAGGCCUGGACCUUGAUCAGAACACUGCCCCCUGGGCCUGUGGAUGUGGUACUACACCGUCCUCACAAACCACAGUGACAGGAAUGAACAUUGAUAUGCACCCUCAAUAUGCUUAUAACAAAGCACUGAAGAAUUGUACUCCUAUGAGGUUGAAGUGAGGGUUGCCAAUCUGAUUUUGGGUCUGUGGUUCGGGUCAACUUCUACCUCAAGUGAGAGGGAUGAUAUCUAUCGCACCAGUCAUACGAUAACAAAGCACUGAAGAGAUCAGUGCACAUUGAGGAGAGGACCUGUAUAUAGGGUCAACCCGGGGUAUGAAGAGGGAGAGAGAGAUCAAUACAGAGGUCAUUUAUUUAAUUUUGUAGAGAUAUGUUGUAUGUUUCUUUAAUACCUAGUCUGCUCAUUGUUUUAUAUGAUGAAAUGUAAGGAGUUUUGUAUAUGGCUGUUGUAAUAUAUAUUGUGACUAGAAAGUUAAUAACCGUCCUCCCAUCUACUUGCUGUUAAUAAAUCCUACAAUAACCCCAUGGUUGAAAACGGUCCCUGUUUAAACGCAGUACAUGGCGGCAGGUAGCCUAGCGGUUAAGAGCGUUGGGCCAGUAAUCGACUAG